ACCAAUAACUUAAAGCCGGCCCUGUCCAAAACCUAACAAAAAAGGGGUAAAUUUUGUUUCUUCAAUUACUCAAUUAAAAGGGAUUUGGAAGAAGAAAAUGGUAGAGUUUUCGAGAAGAAGAUGCGAUGGGUGUGAGGCCGAAGCUUUCGGGGCUGCAAAAGCAGGUGCUCAGUCUCUACAGAGGAUUUCUACGAGCGGCGCGCUCCAAAUCCGCCGAAGAUCGGCGGCAGAUGGAAUCGCUCGUCGCCGCCGAGUUUCGCCGGAACGCCGACCAAAUCGAUCCCAAAAACUUCAUCUACAUCGAGUACCUCCUCCGCCGAGGUAACAAACAGCUGGAUCAGCUCAAAAGCCCGGCCACUGUUCGAUUGUCGUCGAUGAAUGUCUCAAACGCCAGAUCCUGAUUCAUGAGCCGUCAACUAUUCCGAUUCGCAAUUUGUUUUGGUGGUGGAUCCUGCGUGCU